GUGGGACGCUCUGAGCGUCCGGUGACGCGUUCGAUGUCGAGAAUCCGUGAGGCCGCCGAAGCGGCCGCCCGGAUGGCGCGGGAGAGCGGCUCCCUGACUGCGGCAGCCGCAUUUGCCGAGGGAGCGGCAGGGGGACAGCGGGAGGCGUCCCUCGCUGCAGCUCAGGCGGCGGGCAUGCGCGGGAAGGUUGAGCGGGACCCGGAAGCCACGGGGGGAGGGGAUUUUUCGCAUCUGGAACGCGCGGCACGGGCGCGGGCGGGGCGGAGCCGGCACACGCGGGCUGUGGGUGCUGGCGCAGAGCCAGGAGAGGGGCAAAGCGAGGCGGAAACAUCAGGGCCAGAAUGGGAUCAGGAAAGUAGUUGCGUCAGUCUCGGGGAGGACGGCAGUGGCUCUGAAUCUGAGGCAGUGCGGGGUGGAGCUAGGCGAAAGCACAGCCGGGGUCGGAGGAGAGGCGUCCACACCCCCGUGAUGACGCAGGCAGAGUCGGGGCGUGGCCAGGAUGUAAACAUUCCUCAGGGCACGGUCCUGUUGCAGUUCCCAUGGACAAAGUCAGCCCAAGCCCACAGCCAACCCCUGUCAGCUUCAGACAUGGUCAGAAUAGAACAGUUGUUACAAGAGUCAGUUUCACAGAGUGCAGGGAUUGCAAACGUGAAUCAGUUAUGGGGAGAAAUGCUCAAACAUUUAUCAGGAAUUACCACGGGGUUUGCAAAUGUGAAUCAGUUGUCAGAAGAGAUGCUCAAAUAUUUAUCAGAAGUGCAAAUUGAAGAGCCAAGUGCAGUCCCGACCUCAGUUGGUCAGGCGGCAGCGCCAUCUAGUGGCGGAACCACAACAUUGCAGCAGAUUUUACAGGACCCAGUCAGACAAGGCAAGGUGUCACACAGUGGUGGGACUUUGACAAUUCAAGACUUUUUUCCAGUUUCUUAUAAGAAAAAAUCUAGGAUGAGAAGAGCUGCAUCUGCACGACAGCAGGAAUCUCCGCUGACUCCAGAAGAGUGUGGGACUCAGGACACUUCUGCUGGGGCUCAACAACAGGAUGACACGAUUCGCAUCACUGCCUCGGAGGGUGUCCCAGCUUGGACAAUUCCAAAAUCAAGGUCUGCCAAAAUUUCGGGGCAGGGAGAAUCAAUUUCAGUAUCAAAAAGGGUUGUUGAAUUUCUUUUACGAUAUUUAAGCAUAGCCUUGGAGUCGCAGCCAGAGCUGUUGGUUCAUCUUCCAAAAAUUUUCCAAAUAAUGCAGGGCAGUCAUGUGUUCUCCUCCACAGCAGGUGCUCCACUUUUCUCCGGAGGCACCCAGCCUUCAUCUUCACAGAUGCCACAGACGCCGUUGGUAUCGGUGAGUGCUGCUGCAUCAAAACUGCAGUCACCUCAGAUGACUCCACUCUACAGGCAAGUACCCACAGAAUUUCCAGCUUUGCCGGAUGCGAAAGUGGACUGGCAGGACAUUCGGGCAGAAUUGGAGAAGGAGAAAGGUUUAUUGCAGGGUUCGGGAAACAUAGUGAUGCCAGUGAACUAUGAUGCUCAGGGCCAAAACCCGAGAUGGGAACGCCUGGAUCGUGGAGCAAUCAAAGAUUUAGCUAAGGCCAUUCGGGACAAUGGGUUGUCAUCACCAUAUUUCAAACAGAUGUUGAAAAGCAUUUUUGGCAUGUAUGAUUUAACACCAUAUGAUCUUAAAUAUCUCGCAACAUCAGUUCUUACAGACACCCAAGCUCUCAUUUGGCAGAAGGCGUGGCGGAGAUCCCUGGAGGAGCUGAGAGCCAGAUACCAAGGCGGGCCAAACGCGAACCUCACCAUGGUGCAGCUUGCCGGUGAUCCUCCUGAGGACGAUCCAACUCAGCAGGCGGUGAGACUCCCACGGCACGUGCUCAGCGACAUCAAAGAGGCGGCACGGAGAGCAAUUCUUCAGAUUGCUCCGGCGGGGGUCCAGGACAACAUCUACACCGAGAUCAAGCAGGGUUCUUCAGAGCCAUUUUCCUCGUUCGUGGAUCGUCUUUCUCAGGCAGUGGAGCGGCAGGUGACCGAGGAGGGGGCGAAACCACAUCUGACCAAAAGCCUCGCGUUCUCCAAUGCCAACCCAGAGUGCAGGCGAAUCAUCAGCAUGAUGCCACACCAGGCCACCUUGGCAGACAUGAUUGAGGCGUGCAGCAAGGAGAGGGAGACAUCUCGCGAGUGAGUGCCACUCACAGACAGACGUGGAUGGAAAACCUCUUCCGGUUCCGGGAAACGGGAAAAAGAGCGCGAAUCGACGCCAGCGCGCACCGACACAAAUUCUGGCGGUGACACAGAAUCAGCAGGAGCAAUCCUCGGGGAACAACAAA